UGAAUUUCACAAGUGGUUCUACGCAUUAUCGGGUUGUGAUUCUGGCCGGCGUCCGUCUUUAUUUGUUUGUCAACAGUUGUAGUUAUAAGAAAGUGUCUCCCAAACGAGUGUGUCUUAAAUGAAAACCAAAAAAUCGGAAGAUGACGGACUCUGCCAGCAAUCCACGCCAAACAAUGUGGCAAAUGCUAGCCCACACAAUCGUGGAAAAUAUCGACAGUUCCCACUUGGAUAGGAUCCUUGGCAUGGUGAAGAAGAACCUCACUUUCGACGAUCCCGGACUGUUCUCCACAAAAAUCCUCGAAGACGGGGAGGAGCGGGCCCGCGAGCAGGCUACGAACAGUUGGUUACUGAACCAGCUAACGUACAGCCUAAGCAUCUGCGGGAAUGCGAAAUCCAUUCAGAGCAAUGUAGCCCUCCAAAAGGAAAUACUCUCAGCGAGUAUCGUCAAGCAGUGUUGGUUUUUCAAGGAAAUCGUCGGGCAGUACAUCAAGUACGUGCGAAUCUUACUAAGUAGUGAAGCAAGCUGCGAAAUUGAUGCGUUUGUGGUGGAUACAUAUCCAAUGAGUAGGAUUGACCCGGCUUGUACCUUCCAGAAGAUCAAUGUGGCCAGUGAAACCAAGAAGCAACAACUGCUUGAGUAUUCGCUGAAGAUUCUGGUGCACGCAAUGGUGCUCGGCCAAGGGCUGUACAAGGAUUUAUUCCGAGAAUGCACCGAGACCGUAUUAGAAGUCUUCAAUGAUUCGGGAAUAACGGCAAGGCUUGUUUGCAUUGAGUACAUGGCAAAACUCCUACAUUACACAAACCGCUUCGAUCCCGAAAUUUUAACAAGUGCUAGCCUCACCCUCCAAGGUACUGCGACAAUUUGUGAAAAGAUCCCAAUUUGGUUGGAAACUGAUUGUAUAAGUCGAAGUCAGGUUGCAGUUUUUAAUAAUACUUUGAUCCAGUUAUUCAAGGCGAUACGGCCCAUUCGCGAAAACGCUGAAAACUCGGAAAGCUUUGAGGCAAUUCUGAAGUUGCACGUGAAGCAUUUGCAGAUCCUGUCGAUUUCCAAGUUUCAACAACUCGAUGUAUCUUGCUUAGAACUGCAAAUUGUCAUCCUAAGGAGUCUUACUAUUCUCCUAGGAAAGCUGGAGUCUACGCCAGAAUCUUCUUCAGUUCGGGAGUUAGAACAAUGUGUUCCGAAUUUUACCGAAAGUGUUCGAGUGUUGGAGUUUUGUGUGCUUGAGGAUCUGAAAGCCACCAACAAGUCAAAGAGAGUCAUGCAAAUAAGUCCCACGUGGAAACUUCUCCACAGCCAACUGUUGGACUCGUUGGCAUUCAUUGCUGGCCAGGGAACUACAUUCUCUGAGGAGUGCACAAUUCACUUAAAGACUGCCGUCGAAAUCAUAAAAUCCGCCAACUCAAUUCUUCACAAUUACAUUUUGCAUCACCAAAUAGCUCACAUUUCGCAGGAAUCCGAAUGUGGCAUUUGCAAAUCAGCGGCCAGUAAAGCUUUGGAUUACAAUUGCUUUGGCAAGUAUCUGCUGAAGGUCGAGGAUCUAGAUUUCUUCCAAAAAGAAAAUACACUUGGAACUUUGCCAAUGUUUCUGGAGACGUUGAUGAAGCUGUCAACGAUUGGAAUUGAUGACUACUGCCUCCUGAUCGAGUUAGCGGCAAGUUUACUGAAAAACAAAAUUACUUACAAUUUCUCCAGCGCCCAGCAAACCAGAUUGAUUGAUGUGAUCGUGCAAACUAUCAAAAAUCGUUAUGAACUGCACCUUCGAACCGAGCGCUUUGAAAUAACUGAAGUUUUUACUGAAUCUGAGGAGAAACUGCAAUUGAAAAGUGUUUCCCUUCUUGUGAAUUUGGAUACAAGGUAUUUGACCCUGGCCGCAACCGAGUAUUUGAAAAGUAUCCUAAAAAAAGUCAUCACAAAGAUCAUAUCUAGCGAAUCCGGAACCCAAUUCGAAACGAUUCUUAUUGCUUCGAUACUACACAUUGCGGUGAGAAGCAUUCUCCCAAUGCAGUACGUGUUUGAAGACAUUUUGAAACCUAUUUUAUGCAAGAACAGUAGUAAUCCCGAAUUUUACACAACUUUCAAAUCUCUUUUGUGCAUCGUGGAUGGGGAGGCGAAUGUUUUUUGCAAAAUUGAUGGCAAUUACUACAAGUACACAAUUCUGUGCCCAAAAUGUGACUCAAUUAAACAUUGUUCCUGUUUGGAAAAAGCACGUGACUCCGAGGAAUGGCUGAAUGUUAUCAGAGAAACGCAAUCACUAGCCUUACCGCAACGGUCGGACCGAAAUUACACAAUCAAAAAAUCUGAAUUUCAGAGAAUAUUUGACCACGUCCGGCUUUCGGAAAACAUAUCUGCUCACUUAGUCAAUUCUCUUCCUUCAUACUUGGUUCACCUCAACUACAAUUCGUCAUGGAUACAAUUAUUUGCCUCUAAGGAUAUUCACCUUCGAUUGGUGUUCUCCACUCAAAUACCUGCAAUUAUGAAAAUCAUUUUGAGUGCAUCGCCUGAGAUUUAUACUCCAAUUAUUGAAGAAUGUAUUCGAGCCCUUUUGACUGCUGUUAAGGAAUCGCUAAAUGAGAGCAAUCGACCACUGCAAUCAGGAGUGGUCAAUAUGAUAUCCAAGGUGGCUUUAGUGGAGAAUAUUCCAGAAAAGACGCUUCUGCAUUUGUUUCGGAUGACGUUCAUGUUUUUCAUUAGGAAGGAGUCGUGCGUUUCAUAUGAAGCUGCUUUGUGCGCUCAAGAGAUGUGCACGCGAAACGGUGUGACGCCGAGAAAUUUGCUGAAUUGGUAUAAGCAAGAUGUGCUGGGGCUCAUCGUAACAUUAUGCGUGAGCAUAUAUCUGAGGAAUGGAAUUGGAUUGAACAAGGCAUUGAGUUUUAUAACAAAAAUGUUAGGUUUUGGUGGACCAAGAGAUUUUAUCGCAAAGAAUUAUAAAUUGCUUAUUGCGAUGUUGCUUCCAUGGUGCAUAAAGUAUCCGAAAUGUGAGCAACUGUUGGAGGAAAUAGCAAUUACACUCCAAAAAGAUCUUCCAACGUGUUUGACAUCUUCAUUUCUUACCGUUUACCUGCAACUCUUCCUCAACGAAACAUCUGAUGUUAAUAGUAAGUGCAUUGAAUUCGUUAUUCGUAACACAGACAACAGCUUGCAUAAACUGCUUCAUUCUGACAUUAAGAGAACUGUUGCUGAAAUUCUCAUCUACUACCAUAAAAAUCCAAAAAAUGUAAUGAACGCCUUUAGAUGUUUGAUUUUGAAGGACACCGAAGGGACGAGUAAAGUCGAAAUGCCACAUUCGAAAGUUGCCGAGUAUAUUGCCACCAGGUUCUUAGGAGUACUUACAUUUUUUGAAUCGUGUCUACUGGACACUGACUUUGAGAAAUCUCUCAAAGAAGAAACUCUUCUAAGUUUUGGCGAAAUUAUGCGAUUCAUCGGACCAACCUACAUCACUCCAUUCCGAUUUAAAAUCUUGGCUAUGUUGAGAACCGCCUUAACGAUUGAUGAAGCGCAUUUAAAGAAGAAAUGUGUUGGCAUCUGGAACAUAUUUGUGCACACUGUCGACAUACAAGCAUUAGGACCACUUCUCGGUACCAUAAUUGCUUCUCUUGAACCGUUGUUAGCCGAGCAUACCCAGGAGGUGAACUCGAUUUAUCGAUACCUGAUAAUGUCAAAUGGCAGUCUUUUAAGUUUAUAUAUUCCCGAGUUGUAUUUCAUCGAGAACAUGGACGUUUCUAAAGAAAUCAAAGACUUCGUACACUAUCAAACCGAGAAAAGGCGUGGAAAGAGCUUUAUGGAGCAGUUCGAGUUCUUCUUGAAUCAGAUUGGUCAUGAAAAUCCAUCUGUGCGUGUUUAUGCACUCACUUAUCUCACUAAACUUUUUUCUAUGAAUCGUAGCAAUUUGAAUAACCUUAUAAUGGAACAGAACACAUUGAACGAGAAUGCCGUUUUGGAAGGCCUCCUUCAUAAUCUGAUAACGGCUUGCUGCCAUAAUGAUGUAAAUUUACAGUUGGCCUCAGGCAAAUGUUUGGGUGAGUUGGGAGCUAUUGAGCCGAGUCAUUUGUCACCAAACUACGCUCCCCAAAGAAGUUUCGCUUUGUCAAUUCAUACGGAUGCUUUUGCCAUCAUGGCCUUGGAGGAGCUCUGUCGAGCAUAUCAAUUUCAAAAAGACACCAAAUACGUCGAUUCCUUUUCAUUGGCGAUUCAGGAAAUACUUUUAGCACGAGGCGUUUGUCCGAAACUCAAGAAGAAAAUGGAAGUUUGGGAAGCGAUCCCAGAACGUAUGCGGCAAUUGAUGGAACCCUUAUUGACGUCUUGUUAUACGGGACUAAAAAUGACGACAAAUAUUAAAAUGCAUCCAAUCUUUGGGAGCGCUAAAUGUCAAACUGCAGAGGAAUGGGCAUUCAUUUGGGCUUCGAAAAUGAUUGAAAACGUUGAGGACUCAGAAACAUCCCAUUUGCUGAAUUCAUUUAAGCCUAGCAUCAAACGAGAUGUCAACACUUUAGGACUUUUCUUACCUUAUAUUGUGCUUCACACUUUGCAAUCCAGUAAUUCCGAUACCUGUGAACAUAUCUACGAAGAACUUCAAUGUGUCCUUGAAGCAGCAGAAAGCCAGCAAAACGUCAACGUAGAUGACUUCAAGAAUACGCGUCAGCGAGGAUUGAAGACAUUACAAUUCGUGCCUGCAAAAACGUUGUGCAAAACCGAAGAUCCUACGGAAUACACUGGCGUUAAAUGUGCCAAAAUUGCAUUUGAGCAAUUGGACUUUUUAGAACGGUGGCUUCGUGAAUGGAGACGAGUCUACCUGGGGCACACGCCUGACACUAAUUUCAUCAAGAUUGAUAGCUUUGUGAAGCGCUUUGAGAAGAAAUUGAUAGCAAAAGCAAAUUUUAAUUGCGGCGAAUAUGCCAGGUCCUUGAUGUAUUUGGAAGCAUAUAUUGAAGAGAAUCCAACGAUUUUAUUACAGGAAAAUCUCUCUAUGCUGGCCGAAAUCUACGCUGAACUAAUGAAUCCUGAUUCACUUGAAGGUGCAAUUGGUUUGAAGAAAACUGACCUCAAUUUAUCGGAACAAAUUCUCGUGAAUAAUAUGACUGAUAGAUUCAUGGAAUCAACUGCCUGUUUCGAACAGUUAAUGCAGUUUGAGGAUAUUCAGCCCAGCCAAAUUUGUGAUAUUGUUCAAUGUUACUUAAGGCUUGACACUCCAGAGACUGCUCUAUUGGUUUCAGAGGGCCUCCUCAAUCAGCUGGGUGAGAAAUACAUGGAUGAUAGCCUACGAGCAAUUCAAGCUGAACCUCUCUGGAGACUUGGACGGUUCGAAGAGUUAGAGAAACUUCUUGGAGUGCCAGAAAUAAAGGAGUCAAACUCGUGGGGUGUACAAUGCGGCCAAGCGUUGUUACAUUUUCGCGAGAGUGAUUUAAAUGCUUUUAAUGAGAAAAUUGAAGGUAUUCGGUUGAACACUUUAAAUAUGUUGAAAUCGGGGGGAAUAGAACAGAAUUCCUAUCACAAAGGAUAUCACCACAUAAUGACAUUGCACUUAAUUUCUGAGAUUGAGAAAACAAAAUCAUUGACCGAUAUGUUGUCUAGUGCUUCUUCGUCCGCUAAAUGUCUUCAGUUUCUAGAUGAUUUCUUCAAAGAUUGGAACUACAGAUUAGCAUUGCUUCAGCCCAUACCUCGUAUUACUGAACCAGUCCUUUGUCUUCGUCGAAUUUUGCUUUCUGAAAUGAUAAACCUUCUACAGCGAAGUUCAAAUAACUCUUCAAAAAUGGAAUCAGUCUUCAAGGCAAUUGACGAAGAGAUAGCCAGGAUGUGGAUACAAAGUUCAGAGCUUGCCAGAACAGCUGGACUGUUUCAACAAGCUCAACUUUGUAUCAUGAGCGCCCAAAAAUACAAUCCCCCAAAUCUUUUCAUCGAGAAAGCCAAAUUACUGUGGAAAAAGGGAGAUCAGACCAACUGCUUCAAAGUAUUGGAGCAGAAAAUUGAAGAAAUAUUACAAUCAGCUGGACCUUCACAGUCGGUGCAAAGCCUACCAAAAGCUACGCGUUUAUUAUAUGCAGAAGCCAAGUUCCUGCAGGCCACAUACAAUGCUGAGUCCAUGAACAUAAGCACAGAAAUGAAUUUGAAGUAUUUCAAGGAGUCAUUAAUUGGAAACCCAAAGUCGGAAAAAUGCUUGGUUCAUUUAGCCCAAUAUUUAGACAGAAUGUUCGCUUCAAUGUCAGAAACAGAACAAGGAAGCCAGCAUGGAAGAGAAAUUCUUCUGGAAAUCAUGAAACAUUAUGGAAAAUCAAUGUCAUACGGCUGCGAGUUCAUAUAUCAAUCCAUGCCAAGAAUGUUGAGUGUUUGGCUAGAUUUCACAGUCCAAGCAAAGAAAGAUGAACAUUCCAGGAGAGUGUCUCUGAAGAUGAAUGAGAUAGUAGAAAAACUAUCGGACGAAUUGCCUUUGUUCGUCUUCUUUACAGCGUUCUCCCAGCUGGUAAGCCGAAUUUGCCAUCCAACGCAAGAAACUUACAAUGUCAUGAAAACCAUAAUUGUCAAGUUAAUUCAGAAGUUUCCACAACAGUCAUUAUGGCUGAUUCUUUCGGUAUUCAAGUCCUCAUACACAGGCCGAGUGAAGCGCUGCACCGAAAUAUUCAACGAUCCACGCCUAAGUUCCAAACCAAUGCAGAAGCUAAUCAGUGACUUUAACUCUUUAGCUGAGAAGUUGAUUGAAUUAACGAAUAUAGAGAUUCCAAGCACCGAGAAAAACCCACGUGUGAGUUCUUUGGUCCCACAUUUACCCAAACUGUUUGCGACCCCAGAUUUCUCACAAAUAAUUAUGCCUUUCCAAGAAUUCACACAACCUAUUUUGCCACCCAUCAGUGAGAGAAGUCAUCCAGCCUCGUUAUUCGACGCUUUUCCAAAUAAAUGUAUUUAUAUGGCAGGAAUCAGGGAAGAGAUUGUUAUACUUAUGUCUCUCCAAAAACCACGAAAGGUAGUCUUUAGAGGAAGUGAUGGAAAAGAUUACACAGUCAUGUUAAAACCGAAGGAUGAUUUACGUAAGGACUUUAGAUUGAUGGAGUUUGAUGCUGUAGUGAAGCAAUAUCUUCACCAGGACCCUGAUGCUCGACACCGACGACUAGGGAUUAGAACAUACGCCGUUCUUCCGCUAAAUGAAGAAUGCGGUCUUAUAGAGUGGCUUCAUAAUUUGCAAGCAUUCCGACAAAUUCUGAUGGGAUUUUACAAGCAACGUAGCCUUGGAAUGCACGCUAAAGAGCUACGAAGUAAUGCCUGCCAGGUUCGCGAUCCUCCUGAAAAGAAACGUGAAAUCUUCUUGAAAACAUUGCUGCCACGACAUCCACCAGUUUUUGCUGAAUGGUUUCGUUAUCGGUUCACGACUCCGCAUAAUUGGUAUCAAGCCCGAUGCUCUUAUAUAAAAACUUUAGCCGUUAUGUCGAUCGUAGGCUAUAUUCUAGGGCUAGGCGACCGUCACGGGGAAAAUAUUCUCUUCGAUAGUACAAAUGGUGAUGCGGUUCAUGUAGAUUUCAAUUGCUUAUUCAACAAGGGAGAAACGUUUGAUUAUCCAGAAAAGGUUCCCUUCCGUUUAACUCACAACAUGGUUCAUGCUAUGGGUCCAUUGGGGACUGAAGGAUUAUUCAGGAAAUGCUGUGAAAUAACAAUGAGAGUUCUACAAGCUCAAACCCCAACGUUGAUGUCGGUGUUGCGACCGUUCGUUUAUGAUCCUUUGGUUAGUUGGAGUCGUAAUUUUAGGGCGGAUGGAAACCCAGAAAGAACGGAUGCACAGGCCAUGGCAAAUAUCAAGAGGAUUGAGGAGCGACUAAAAGGAUUUGUGAGGAUCAAAGGUCGUACCACGAAUAUGCCUCUAUCUGUGGAAGGUCACGUUAACUUUGUCAUCGAGGAAGCAACAGACAUCGACAACCUCGCCGCAAUGUACAUUGGAUGGGGAUCGUACAUGUAAUCUCCUGUGCCUUUACCUCUGAAAUAUAAGUCAACAACAAAGUAGGUUUAGAUUCUAUAGAAUAAGGGAUGAGAAACUGUCUUCUGAGCUUCUACUGUAAUAAACAUCACAUUGAUAUUUUCAA